AUGAUACGAAAUCGAGAAGCAGCAAGUUUAUCUCGUAAAAAGAAAAAAGAAUACGUAACAUCAUUAGAAGAAAAAAUAACUAUAUUGGAAAAAGAAAAUUUGGAGUUAAAAAUUGAAAAUUCAGCAUUGAAGGAAAGGCUCAAAAUUUUUGACAAAUUAUCUUCAAUAACAGACAGACCUAUUAUCAAAAAAGCCAAAAAAGCUACAGCUAUAUUAUCAGUAGUUGUAAUGAUUUCUUUAAAUAUCGUUCCUUCAGGGCUUUUCAAUACAAGACAAUUUGACAAAUCAGAAAUGCAAAUGAAUCUUGGGGAAAAUUACAAAACCAAAAAUAUUGAUAACAUAAAUUUUCAUAGCAGAAAUCUAUUAUGGGUCAGUGAUUUUGAAGACACUAAUUCAUCAUUGAAUGCUACUGAACAUUUGAUGUGUCCAACAUUUAUAAAUGUGUCUGAAUCAAAAAGAAUUGAUAGUGAACUUCGAAAAUGGAUUGAACCAAAGAAUUUAAAGUUACUGAAUGAUAACUUAUCAAUGGUUUAUGUUGAACCUCCAAUUAUAAGUACUUCUAUUGAACAUUCCAAACAUAAUGUAUACACUGGAGGAAACAAAGACAAAAAAAUGGAAAAAUUGCAAAAAAGGAAUUUUAAAAAAAGAAAGCAUGUUCCAUCCAACAAUGAGUUUAUAGAAAUAUUUGGUCAGUUGAAGUUAGAUAGUAAAGAAAGCUUAUUUGACUCCAUUGAAAGGCAAGAUGAUACUUUCUAUGUUGUAUCUUUUUCUGGUGAUCAUUUAUUAUUACCAGCUAGCCAUAAUGCUUCUAAUACUACCCUCCGUCCAAAGAUGUCACUUGUUUUUCCAACUUUGUCAUCAAAUGGUUCGGAUUUUGUCACUAUGAUUCAAAUUGACUGUGCAGUAACUGAUACAAAAACAUUACAUAUUCGAGACACUCACUUAAGACAUCAUAAUGAUUUUAAAAAUAAUAUUUCAUCAAACUUAAAACAGCAUCAGGACCAUAGAAACGAUAUACCACACAAGCCCUAUUUUGUACGACAAAAUUACCCUGGUUCAAUGUUUAGCAAAAUGAAUCAUGAACUUCCAAGUUACUAA